AAAAAAAGUACGUGACGUACUCCAUUCCCUUUUUUUUUUUUUUGUAACAAAAAACAAAAGAUCCUUGUCUAGAUUAUGCCUACUCAUAUCACUAUCCAUAUUCGACCUUCUACUGGUCAAAUCUUUCAAGUAGAAUUAGAUGCUGAAACAACAACUGUUCAAGGCCUUAAGGAGAUCAUUGGUCAAAAGAUGGGCAAUAUGGAAGCUAAUCAAUUGAAACUUGUCUUUUCUGGUCGCAUCCUCAAGAAUGAAGAUAUUGUUCAAGACUGUAAAAUUACUCAUGGAUGUACAGUCCAUGUAGUUCGUUCUGGUGUGAACAAAGCACCUGCUGAUAAAGGUAAAUCCAGUACAGCUGAAACACCUCGUCAAGCUACACCACCUACAUCAUCUGAACCUAUCCCACCUAUUCCACCUACACCUAGUCCUUCUAAUCUGCCUGGUAUUGGUGCCAGUGCAUCACCUUUUGAUAUGCCAAUGCCCAACAUGGAUCCUGAGUUGAUGCGUCAAAUGAUGGAUUCGCCCUUCAUGCAAAACUUGAUGGGCAACACAGAUUUUGUACGUUCGAUCAUCAUGAGCAACCCUCAAAUGAAAGCAUUGGUUGAACAAAACCCUGAACUUGGCCAUGUUAUUAGUGAUCCUGCCUUUUUAAGACAAUCCAUGGAAAUGAUGAGAAAUCCUGAAUUAAUGCGCGAAAUGCAACGUAACAAUGAUCGCGCUUUAUCCAACAUUGAAGCCAUUCCAGGUGGAUUCAAUCAUUUACGUCGCAUGUACAACACAUUCCAAAGCCCUAUGGAAUCAGCCAUGACGCCUAAUGGCGUAUCUGAUGAGGCCAAUAACGAACGAUUAGCUAGAGAAUUGAAUGUAGAAAGUGUACCUGAAAAUUCACUUAAUACACAAGCAUUGCCUAAUCCUUGGGCUGCCAAUACCAACAAUAACAACACAACAAACAACCAUGGUAACAGUAUACCAGCUAGCACUACUACUAGUAAUAGUAAUCCAUUUGCUGCACUUGCUGGUAGUGCUAAUAGGUCAGAAAACCCACUUGCUUCUUUACUUGGUAAUGAAAACAAUAAUGGAUUCAUGUUUCCCUUUGGACAACAACAGCAACAGCAGCAGCAACAGCAACAACAGCAACAACAGAAUACAACACCCUUUUGGGCUGAUCCUAACUUUAUUCAAGCUAGUUUAAGAUUACAACAAGCUAUGAUGACAGGCCAAAAUAACAACAACAAUACUACAAAUAACACACAACAAUCCAACUUGUUACAACAAAUGAUGAUGGGAUUUCCUUCAGGUGGAUUUGGAAAUGGAUUCCCUCAUGCCAAUCAACAACAACAACCUUCUGAACCCCCUGAAGUUCGCUUUAGAGAUCAACUUGCUCAAUUAGAAGAAAUGGGAUUUUCAGAAAAACCUGCUAAUGUGCGCGCCUUGUUGGCAACAGGAGGAAAUGUUGAAGCAGCUAUUGAAUACUUGUUAUCCAUGUAAAAAUAAUCCAUACGCUUAAUUCUUGAUUAAAAAAAAAAUUUCCCUUCUUCUUA